GCUUACCCAUCCAACACUCGUAAGCUAUUUGCUUUUGCUACCUACCUCCUCCUUCUCUUAUAAUUACUCAUCCAACAAAACAACAAAAACUUUAUUCAUUAUUAUCAAUCAAACCUAACCCCAAACUCAAGCCAUGUCUUCUUCCGCAUGUCCGUCACCGUUACCUUCCGUCACGAAACUUCAAGUCGAUUCCGUUACUUUUCCACCAUCCGUCAAUUCACCGGCUUCCUCCAAUCCACUCUUCCUCGGUGGCGCAGGGGUGCGAGGGUUAGAUAUCCAUGGAAAAUUCGUGAUUUUCACCGUCAUCGGAGUUUACCUAGACGCUGCUUCCCUCCCGUCACUCUCCGUUAAGUGGAAAGGCAAAACUACAGAGGAGUUAACGGAAUCCGUUCCUUUUUUCCGUGAAAUCGUCACAGGUGCGUUUGAGAAAUUCAUAAAAGUGACAAUGAAACUGCCGUUAACGGGACAGCAAUAUUCGGAGAAAGUAACGGAGAAUUGUGUGGCGAUUUGGAAAUCGUUAGGGAUUUACACAGACUGUGAGGCUAAAGCUGUGGAGAGAUUCUUGGAAGUCUUCAAAGACCAAAAUUUCCUUCCUGGUGCAUCCAUCCUCUUCGCUCUCUCCCAUAACGGCUCUCUCACGGUUGCGUUUUCGAAAGACGAUAGCAUUCCUGAAACCGGAAAAGCAGUGAUCGAGAAUAAGUUGUUGGCAGAGGCAGUUCUUGAAUCGAUCAUUGGAAAGAAGGGUGUGUCUCCUGGGACUAGGCUGAGUCUAGCUGAGAGAUUAGCUCAGCUGAUGAAGAAGAACAAGGUCGAAGAAGAAGAAGAGGCAACAAGGACUGAUCAAGAGGAAGCUACCGAUGUUUCUCUCGGGGAUAAAUUGGCCAAAGAGAACUGAUCGUUUGGGAGAUUUUUCUUUGUUUUGUGUUGACCUAAUCCCUUGGUUUAGUUCCCAUCGCAUGUUUAAUUUACUUCUAUUCGUAAUAAUAAUCAAAGAAUCUCAUGGAAUUGGAUGAAAGUUAAUUAGCGAAUAAAUCAAGAAUUGUGUGCUAUCAUCAAUAGUUGAUCUUGAUUCUAGAU